UGUCAAUAUGUCUGUGAAAUUGUCAGAAACAAAUGCAUUUGUUUUGUAUUUUUUUACAAUAAAUUUUAAAGCCUUAAAGAAGAAUUGAGAUGAAUAAAUUUUAAAAAUCAAAUUAAAUUCAGCAACAAAGUAAAUAUAAAUAUAACUAUAAUAUAAUCCAAUUUAAGGAAAAAGCUACAGUGUGCCUAUAUAAAUUAAAAAUUUGUAUUAUGAGUUGCGUUCAGUGCAAGGGUUCAAAUUCAAAAUAUAAGUGUCCCACAUGUAGGGCACCCUAUUGCUCAAUGGUCUGCUGCAAACUGCACAAGGAAGCUCCAUGCUCGCCACCUCCGCCUCCAGAGCCUCCACAAGUUGAGCCUAAAGAACAACCUUUUGAGUAUGAUUUUCCUACAGAAGACACUGUUUCUAUUGAAAAACUAAAAUUACUAGAAGAGUCAAAAGAAUUGAAUAAAUGUUUAGAAAAUCCUCACGUAAGAGAAAUUCUGAAAAUACUAGACAGUGCACCACAUCCAGAUGUUUUAAUAAAUGAAUACAUGCGAGAGCCAAUAUUUACUGAGUUUGCAGAUGCUUGUUUGAAUGUUGUUCAGAAUAAAAGUGAAGAGACAUAAUACUUAAUUAUUUUAGGUAAACUGGUUUUUAUUAAUAAGACAGAAAGCAUUA